UAUAAUUAAAGCACACUUUUUCCCUUUUUUCAAAUAUCGAUGCGUCAGUGCUUCUGCCUCGUAUAAAGUAGACAGCCCACGGAAGCCUUAACAUUGGAGAUCGACCAGUUGUAGAAUAUUAAACACGAUUUAUACAUCAGUGCUUUGACCUCGUAUUAGCUGAGACACUUGUGACUCGCGAGGAUUUUUUAAGCUAAUAGUUUUUCUCCUUCAGGAAAACUUUGUUCGUUCUUGGCGUCCACAAUGGCUGAAGUUAUAAAAUUCAAAGUUUUUUUGACGCGUGAUAGUGUCGAUAGGGAGAGGAAGCCUGAAAUUCGACGUUUUGUAAUGGAUCCCGUUGUCGUCACUAACUACACCUACCUGUGCGAGAAGUUGCAAACAAUUUUUCCGGAGCUUCGAGGACGGCGAUUUUCCGUCACUUGGAAAGAUUCCGAAGAUGACGAUAUCAUGAUAUCGAGUUGCGAAGAAUUGCAAAUAGCAUUGACGGAAAUGAAAAACGAUCCAAUUCACAAAUUGUACGUUGCUUUACAUUCCGAAUACGAAGACGCUAAACCGGCAUUCCAAGCAGACAGUGGUACAACAUAUACAGUACCGGCCAAUAAAGAGAAGCACGUUGGCAUAGUUUGCGAUGGUUGCGACAAAGAUAUCUUUGGUUUUGGCUAUAAAUGCUUGAGAUGCGUAGACUAUGAUCUGUGCACCGAGUGCGAAGCAAAAGGCUCCCAUCCAGAACAUUGCAUGAUUCGUUUCCCUACACCUCAGCAAAGAAAAUUGCACAAGGGUAAGUGUCUGUUUCGCCCCAUUGAUGUCAAGGUUGUGACUGGCUCUACAGAGGAAGAUUGCAAGAAACACUCGCACAAACACAGGAGACAUAGCGGUGGACAAAGCUAUCAUCACAACCAGGUACCAUCAUGGCUGAAUACUUUGACAACAUAUCUUAAUGACUGGGCAUAUUUGCCAGAGGAAUGCCCUGCUGCCGAGGAGUUUAAGAAACAAAAGAAUAAUAAGUCAAGCGGUUAUUCACCACAUCCAAGCACUUCUAGCAACUUAUCACCUUCAACCGAAGAGAAACCUGCUGAAAUACGAGUUAAGGCUGAGCCCAAGCCACAGGAAAAAUUCGUAGCAACCAAAGAAGUUGCAGCCAUUGGUCAACCAGGCGUAGUUAACCUCUCAGAUGUAAAACAAGAAACUGUAAAUAAUAACACUAACGUUGUUGCUAAUUCGAAUCCAACGGCUCCUCACGAGGAAAACACUCUUCAUAGCAUGCAGCAUAAUCAAUCAACUCAAGAAGGCCUCGCAACAUUUACUGCUUACGAAUGUGCUUCUACUUCUGUAAACCCUAAAGAUGACUGGACCUUGCUCGACAAGAGUGACAUUCCUGUCUUCAAUGUAGCUGCUACUAACGCUACAUCGAACGCGACUAUUCAAGAAACGCCGGAAGCAUUGUCCAUGUAUCCGUCUUUGCCCACAAUUUUUGAUAGCGUGUGGCACUCGGACCCCAAGAUACAGAGUGCUGUAGAUGCCAUGAUUCAAAUGGGAUUUACCAACGAAGGUGGCUGGCUCACUCAACUUCUAGUUUUGAAAAAUGGUGAUAUUGGCAAAGUAUUGGAUAUCUUGCAACCUGUUAAUCCCAAGAACAAAUGAGACACAUUCGCAUCGUUUAUGUAUAGAAUGUUAUUUAAAUACAAUUUAUAGGUGGUGGAUUAUAUAUUGUAAUUCAGAGUUUCAUCAGAAACAUAUGUGACUCGUGUGAUUUAUGUAUUUAUCAAAGAAUAAAUAAAACGUUUCAAAGCAAAA